CCCAAAAUCACCAAGAGCAAAACUGCCUGAAAUUACAGUGGAACUGAGAAACUCUGAAAGAGGAAAACAAUGGCGAUAUGCAUUUCUUCUUCAACCCAUUUUCCUUCUGUUUAUCCUUCGAAAUUCCGGCUUGGCUGUUGUUCUAAUCUUUCUUACGUAAAACCCAACAAAAUUUUCCUAGUUUUGAACUGUCGGAGCCGGAGUAAAUGUAACCGGCCUUUUUCUUUCAAGACUGCGUCUUUGGCCUCUUCUUCCGUUCAACAACUCACCGGAGUCGAAACUGAAGAGAAGAAAUUCCCCAAACUACGUGAAAUCUGUGAGGGUCACGUGCCUGAGCACGUGAUCAGCAGGAUGGAAGAAAUUGGAUACAUUUUGCCUACUGAUGUACAGCGGGAAUCUUUACCUGUACUCUUCGCUGGCCAGGACUGCAUUCUUCAUGCUCAGACAGGUUCUGGAAAAACUCUUGCAUACCUACUUCAGGUUUUCUCAGAAAUCAACCCUCAAAAAUUUGGUGUUCAAGCACUGAUUAUUCUGCCCACAAGGGAGCUUGGCAUGCAAGUUACAGAAGUUGCAAGAAGGCUUGCUGCUAAACCAUUAGAGUCUGAACCAAAGCAAAAGUCCUGCACUGUCAUGGCUCUGUUAGAUGGAGGAACAUUAAAUAGACACAAAAAAUGGUUAAAGGCAGAACCUCCGACUAUAAUAGUUGCUACUUUGGGAAGUUUGAGUCUUAUGCUUGAAAAGCAGCUUUUUAGGUUGGAGACCAUACGGGUGCUUGUAGUUGAUGAGGUUGAUUUCAUGUUCAAUUCAUCAAAGCAAGUUGAUUCUCUUCGAAGGCUUUUGACAUUAUUCUCUUCAAAUAGCAACCGUCAAACCAUUUUUGCCAGUGCAUCAGUUCCGCAGCCCAAACGGUUCCUGUAUGACUGCAUCCAGCACAAAUGGACCAAGCGUGAUGUAGUUCAUGUCCAUGUAAAUGCACUUAAGCCAAUGCCAUCAUGCCUGCAUCAUAGAUUUGUGAUAUGUGGAAAAAGGGAUAAGCAUCAAACAUUGCUCUCCUUGUUACAUUCAGAUGCACCUCGGUCCGCAAUAGUUUUUGUUGGUGAACAGUCUGAAAAAUCAAAGAAGGCUGGAAAUUCCCCACCACUAGAACUUCUAGUUGAUUUCUUGAAAGUGUCCUACAUGGGAGGCUCUAAACUGAUUGUUUUGGGAGAAGAUAUAAACUUUAAUCAGCGAGCAACAACCCUGUUAGAUGUUAGAGGAGGAGGAGACUAUCUUCUGGUUGCAACCGAUAUAGCAGCUAGAGGAGUUGAUCUUCCAGAGACUACUCAUAUCUAUAAUUUUGAUCUCCCAAGAGAUGUGGUAAAUUAUCUUCAUCGAGCUGGAAGAACAGGUCAUCUCCUCUGGGUUUCUCACUGAAAGAUAUAACCCUUCCCUUGUUGUCGAUCUUCAUCAACCCAAAAUCUGAUGCACGGCUACACAUGGGGAAAAAAGAAAAUGCAGAAGUAAGUUGUCAGUUAUUGAUGAAUUUGUUAAUUAGAUGAUCUAUAUUGACUUGCAACUUGCUAGUUCUGAACCACUCUUGGAAGUAACGAAUCUCUUGAUUUGUAGGAUAAUUACUUUGACCAAGUUAGGUUUUACAAACUGAGUCCAGCGUAGUUUCUCGGUAAUAUUUUAGCAUAAUCUCCCGUGAAUAUAUCCUACCUGUCAUCUAUGGGCAGACAUGAUAUUGAGAUAUCUGCACCACUUUGUCUGUGAUCCUGUGAAAAUGAAAUUUGAGUGUGCGAAAAUUGUUUGUGACAUUUAGUUGAAGGCAAGCAUGAUCAAUCUUCACCUGGACAAAGUCCAUGUAGUCCAUUCUGUAUAAGUGAUCUCCUGAUAGAAUGAGUACAUCUUCAAUGUCCUUGCUUCUUUGAUCCUGCAAUUUGUCAAAUUUUCAUCUCAACUAAGAGAUCACUAAUUGGCAAAUCUGUGGACAAAUCAGUUUCUCUUUUUUUUUUAAAAAAAAAUCCACCCCAGUGGACCCCACUUAAAUGUGGGUAAAACCCCCUUACAACCCCUGGUGGGAAUCAAACUCUGGUUAUUAUCAGGAAAGACAACAACUUAACCAUUAGGCUGUCAUUCAAUUUCCAUCAGUUUCUCUUACUUGUGUCAUCAGAGUAAAGCAAAUAUAUCCAUACAUGUAGGUGGAUUAGAUCAAAAUGGCUCAUUUAAAUUCUAACGCUUCUUAAUUUGGUGAAGUUGCCGGAAAUCAAUAUAUCAAUGCAUCAAUGCAUCUUGGGUCGUACUACUUAAACAGCCUCUCUAUGUUGAAAUACAGGGGUAAGACUGCGUACAUCUUGACCCCCAGACCCCAACCCAGUUGGGAAUAUAUUGGGUAUGUUGUUGUUGUUGUUGUAUGUAGGUGGAACUUCGAAAUGUAGGAAAACAUAUAAAUGAUGUAAUAUAUCACAUACAUACAUGGGUGAAAGGCUCCAUACCUCAAAAAGCCAGUGGAACUGUCUUACUGCAUCUGCUGUACCUUGGAACCAUCUUUUACCUAGCUCACCUGGAGUUUGAGUGGCUGCUAAGACCUGUAACACAGCUUAAAAGGAGCAACAUAAAGGAAAUGAAUAACUUGAUGCCAUGUAAGAAGGAAAGAAGAUCUCCAAGGAUGCAUACCUCUACAUAUCCAUCUCCAAAAGUGACACCACCGCUAAAGUUGUAAGCCCUUGCAAGGUGCCUGUUGAGUGAUGCUGAAUUGAACUGGGUAAGAAUGUAGACCUUAUUGAUACCGCUAUUGAUACAGUUGCUCAUUGGAACAUCAAUUAGCCGGUAAGCUCCUCCAAUAGGUACCUGAAAAUGUGGAAACAAGCAGCAAUAGUCUUUUAAAUAUUGAUGAUCUACCAAUUAAACUGCUGCAGAGGACUAAGCAUUUGUCUACCUAGUCAUUUUGGACACAUAAGUUCUGUGAAACUUGUAGUGACUUGUUUAACUGAACAUCUUCGAGAGACCCUAUCUCUUGACAAUGGAUGGUGCUUAUAUGUUUGGUUAAAUGGUUCAAAGAGAUAAGAAUGGACAUACCGCAGGCUUUGCUCUGCGUUUUGUGAGAGGGAAAAGACGGGUACCAGCUCCGCCUCCAAGUAUAAUUGCAACAACUGUUCUGGGAUCCCUUUUCUCUGCCUCCUGGUCUCUUAGCUGCGUUGGUCAUGUUUGGACACAGGGAAGAAAGUGAAUCAAAAUAUGCUAGUGAUGUUUCUGAAUGGAUUGAUAAUAGUCAGCCUCAAUGAUUAACCUGCAUGAACAUUGUUGAUACUUACCUUGGCCUCACCAACAAAAUCAGCAGUGAGGGUCAUGCACACGGGAGGAGGACGACGCCCUGCAGCAUUUAUAAUCUGCUGUCUUUGCUCUAGUCUUGUGCAGUUGAGCUUCUUCCCCAUUAAAUCUCCAUUACAGAACUUCACUAUGCUCCAGUUCCUUUUACCAGACAAUGCAACAGUGCCAUGCAACUGCCCUGCAGCCGGCAAGGCGAGCCGACCGUUAUGAGCGACCGCCAUUUUCUUCUAGGAUUAAGAAUACUGGAGUUGCAGCUAUACAAGAAUGUUGAAAAUCAGUGUUCAGGUUCUGCUAACAUGGACAGUCUGUGCAUGCUACUGGGAAAGACUCAAAGCCACAUUUAUCCAAAUUCAUUUUCAUCCACCAAUGUUUUUUUUGUUUUCAUGUGAACCUUUGAAUAGAGAAAAAAAAAAAAAAAAAAAUCUAGGUGUUUUCCUAAAAAGUCCUCCAAAGAGACUUUGAUUUUUCUAGGCUUAAAGCAUAUUCUAUUGGUUUCUCCUAUUGCUUCUGAAGAGUUUUGGUGUAACUCAGAUAUUCUGUAAAAAUGUUACUCCUUCCGUCUUAUAAAACCAGUGUGACAGCUUUCGUGUUGAGAUAAGGUUGAGAAUAGCAUUGCAAAAAUUUCUUGGUGAAUAAGCAGAAAAUCCUAUUUGUAGUGGAUAUGUUAUAAUUUUGGUCCAACU